AUGAAGUUUUAUGAGACGAGGAAACGGAUUCAACAGCGCGAUAACCAGAUUCAUAAGUUUAUUCGGGCAAAUGGGUCGUUGGCAGAUAAUCCGAAAGAGGCAGCGGCGUAUCCGAAGAUUCGCGCUGAUUUCGAGAAGGCCAUGGGUAUCCAGCAGGCCAAGUGCGAUCUCGCCAAUACGGGGCUUUAUAUUAUUUCCAAACAGGUCAAGAAACUGAACGACGAUAUUAAGAAACUCGAGGAAGAAGGACUUCUAGCACCAGCAUCGCCAUCGGCAUCAAAUGGUCUGUAUUCCUCGUAUAAUACCGACUCGGCUCCGUCGACCAGACAGGGGUCGGUUCCGGCUGGUAGAGAGUCGACACAUGGACCUGGCGCUACUAGUGGCAGAAGUGGUGCUCUUGCCAGUUCUAGAAUGGCUUCUUCAACUGCUAUUACUGCUGGAAUAUCGGGAUCAGACAGGAAACGGGGUUCACCAGCUCCUGGCGCGUCACGGAGUUCCACUCCAAUGGCAUCAGCUCGGCCAUCAAAACGACAACGUCUUGCAAUGGUGGCAAUGGAUGAUGAUUUAUCGACAGCAGCUUCGUCUCCAAAUGGAGUUUCUGUUAAACAUACAUCGAACCGACCUCUUGGUGCUUCUUCUGCUGCUGUUAUGAACAGCGCUAAUGGAUUAGGUGUCCCGAUGUCUGGAGGUGUUGGCAGUCAUAAUGGCGGUCUAACGAGUGCUGUUCGUGAAGAAGAAGAGGUUCUUUAUUGUACAUGUCAACAGGUGUCGUUUGGAAACAUGGUUGCCUGUGAUAACCCCGACUGUCAGUACGAAUGGUUCCACUACGACUGUGUCGGUUUGAAGGAACCGCCUUCCGGUACCUGGUACUGUCCUACCUGUACCAAAGAACGGAAAGAAGCCCGCGAUGCCGGUCCCGACUUCAAAGACACCUCGUCCAACAAACGACGCAAGUAA